AUGGUCUCUUCGACGCUCCGCAUCUUCCCCCCUUUCCGCGCAGACCAUAUCGGCUCGCUCAAACGGCCCGCUGAGCUCCUAGCCAAGCGCAAAGAAUUGGACGACGGGAAGUGCACCCCAGAGGAGCUGAAGGUGGUCGAGGAUGAGGCAGUCACCGCCAUCGUUGCGAUGCAAAGGGAGGCUGGAAUCAAGUCGAUCACGGACGGUGAAUUUAGGAGACAUAUGUUCUUCGAUGGUGUCUUCGACAACCUGGACGGCAUGAAGUACAUUCCUGUCGUUCCCAUGGACUGGUUCAUGCACUACGUGCCGGACAUCGAUGCAUUCAAGGAGCAUUAUUAUAAGGGUGCUGCCUCCUACAUUUGCGAGGAGCACAAGAACCUGAAAAUCACGAUGUGUGCUCCGGAGUGGUUCCAUCUCCGGCACGGGCCCUAUGCAUACCCGAAAUCCGUCUAUCGACCGAUGGAGUACUUCGCCGAUGUCGUCCAGGCCUACCGGGAGGAAAUCCAGGAUCUGUACAAGUCGGGUUGCCGCAACCUUCAAUUUGACGACCCCCUCCUCGCGUACUUCUGUUCCGAGAAGAUGUUGAAGGGCAUGGAGGAGCAAGGCGUGGACCACAAGGCGCUGCUCGACCUCUACGUCAAGGUCUACAACGACAUCCUCUCCGGCCAUCCCGAGGACCUUACUAUCGGCAUUCACUUGUGCCGCGGAAACUUCAGAGGUGGACUUCAUUUCAGCGAGGGCGGGUAUGACCACAUCGCCAUCAAGCUCUUCCGUGACAUCGCUGCGGACACCUAUUAUCUGGAAUACGAGACCGAGCGUGCCGGUUCGUUCGAGCCUUUGCGAUGGCUACCCCCUAACAAGUCGGUCGUGCUCGGGAUCGUCUCGAGCAAGUUCCCGGUGUUGGAGGACAAGGACGAACUCGUGAAGAAGGUACACGCAGCGGCGGCGGUCAUCGCCGACGGUGAGGAGAAGCGCACCAAGGAGGAGGCGCUCAACCAGAUCUGCAUCAGCCCGCAGUGCGGCUUCGCGUCGCACUCAGAAGGGAACCCCGUCACGGAGGAGGACGUGGUCAAGAAGCUCCGCUUGGUCGUCGACACCGCCAAGGCGAUUUGGUCUGACGCCUGA